UAAGCUAGACCAUCAUGCAUUGGCGUUUCAAAGAUGGCGGCGUCCAGGAGUGAUGCCACGUCCCUCCCAACCUUUGAGGGGGUCGAAAACCUUGUGAACAUGGUUGAUAUUCAAAAUGCUUUUGAUGAAUUAUGUAAAGAGGAGGAGGAAAUGAACACAGAGUUGGACAAUCUUUUAGAACAUCAAUCAACACUUGAAAAUAGGAUGAGUGGUCUGCAUAAGAUAUUACCUAAUCUUCAGAUUCUGGAGACAGAUUCCAAACAACUCUCCAGUAUGGUUUCCUUUACCUCCACCCUCGCUGAAAAUGUCAGCAGCAAAGUGAGACAGUUGGAUGUCGCUAAAAGCCAAGUUACAGCUUGUAUAACUCGAGUUGAGGAUAUUCUGGAUCUCAAGUUUUGUACAGAUGGGGUACAGACAGCUCUUCAGAAUGAGGACUAUGAAAAGGCAGCAGGUCAUGUUCACAGAUUUAGAAGUUUAGACGAAAACAUUCUACGAAUGUCUGAAGAAUCUGGGGAAGGGAACACCCUGGAUAUGUCCUUCAAGCUUCUACAAGAGGCGGAGGAGAAGCUGAAAUCCAUCGUGAACACCAAGUUUGAUGCUGCCGUCCACACGGGAGAUUUCGCCUCCAUAGAGAGAUUCUUCAAGAUCUUUCCUCUCAUUGGGCUGCACGAGGAGGGAUUGACAAAAUUUGGGAAGUUCUUGUCUGUACAGAUAUCUGAGAAAAGCAGUGGCAAUUUGAAAAUUGCGGAAUCGAUGUCCAGUCGAGACAAGAAUGCCAAUGUGGUUUAUGCCGAGACUGCCACACAGCUGUUUGAGGGAAUCGCCAGUAUUAUAGAAGUUAGGCAACCACUAGUGGAGACUUAUUUUGGCUCUGGAAAGCUAUUUUACCUUAUGAAAAUUCUCCAGAAAGAAUGUGACAGACAAGCUAGGCAGAUAUUAGAAAAAUUUAAAUUAAAAAGAGAUUUUGAUUCAGUGGUCCAGCAUGUGCAACAGAAUGCUGUUUUUCAUCGACCUAAUGCAACAGAAAAAUUUGAUCCUAAAGUAUUAGAUGUAUUAUUAUCCGAGAUGGUGCUACUAAAUACCAGAACAGAACUCUACCUACGAUUUUUCAGGAGGAGGGCAGUGGGUGACAUGGAAUUAGCAUAUAGUGAUGAAACUCUUAAGGAAAAAGUUAAAGAGAUAGAUAGUUUUAUAUCCAACUGUGAUUUAAAUCGUCUUAUGCAAGAACUAAUAGGAAAUUACAUCAUGAUGGAAGAAUAUUUUAUGAGGGAAAUGGUUCUAAAGGCUGUUUCCAUGGAUACAGAAGAUGAGUCGACACAUACAUCUAGUAUGGUAGAUGAUUCCUUCUUUAUAGUUAAAAAGUGUGUUAGGAGAGCUGUGUCAAGUUCCAGUGUAGAUGGGAUUUGUGCAAUGUUAAAUCACGCUAGUACGGUGUUAGAGCAGGAUUUCCGAGAGGUGUUAUUUAGCCGAGUCCGGGCAGGUUUUCCCUCGGGCUUUGAUCUCACUCAGGCAUACAAUAUGGUGCAGUCCAGUUUACAACAAGGAAAGCUGCAGAGUUCAGACCAGGAAAAGGCCAAGACACAAUUUCUGGUCGCAAUGAAUAAUGCUGAAGUCAGUUGUGAAUAUUGUAAAUCCUUGAAAUCCAAUAUUGAGGAAGAGGUUCACAGACUGUUUAGUAAAAGUACUGACCAGAGUAAAGCAAAACUACAGACGUGUGUAUCAGAUCUUGGUAAUGUGGCGGUCCGGUUAAAAGAAGUGGUCAAUUUCGGGUUUUCUCAGCUCAGCAGUAGUGCCAUUAAACCUCGGUUAAAACCCCUCACAGAUGCCUUCCUCUCUACUAGUCAUAAUAUCUCAGAGGAUGAAUUCUCCAACUAUGAAGCCAAUGACCCAUGGGUCCAAAACUAUAUACUGCAAAUAGAUGGCAUGUUAGCCACCUUUAAAAGCUCUCUUUCCACGGAGAACUAUGACACGUUUGUGGGUCAUGUGACCACAGAGGUGACAUCACAGCUAGAGAAGGCUGUCCAGAAAACAAGUUUUAACAGACUGGGUGGUUUACAGUUUGACAAAGAGUUACGUGCCCUUGUUGGGUACCUGUCAUCAGUAACCACUUGGACAAUCAGGGAUAAGUUUGCAAGACUGACACAAAUGGCAACCAUACUCAACUUAGAAAGAGUGAAUGAGAUUUUAGAUUACUGGGGGCCAAAUUCUGGACCUUUGACCUGGAGGCUGACUCCAACAGAAGUCAGAAAUAUCCUCUCAUUGAGGGUGGAUUUCAGAUCUGAAGAAAUCAAGAAACUCAAAUUAUAAACCUUGGCAGCUGUGAUACAAAGUCUGUGUUCAACUUCUUUGAAAUGUGAUGAAUUCCAUGUAGUAUAUUCAGAGGAAAAAUAGUCCGAGUGUGUGUGAUGGUGUAUGAAUUUGUGUACCUGUUAUUGAAUGUAGAAGUGCAGUGAUAACUUAUGUGAAUGCAAGGUGUGUGAAUAAUUUUUGUUUUACGGUAAUUGAUUGUACAAUUGCAUUUACCCUAUGAGUAAUUCAAACACAAAUUUUAAGCAGGGUUUUUCAUAUCCGCAGUGUAUGAAGGUAUGAAAGUAAUGCUUUGAGAAAUCUCAAGUAUAAUGAUCACGAAAAUGUAUGCAUUUAAAAAUAUGUAACAUUUAUUCAUUGUUACAAAUUUUUUGGGAAUAUACUUUUUUAAAACCCUACAUAUCAACAUACAUGUAUAAGCUUGUAAUGAAACAAAUUAUUGUAUGCUAAAACAUAAUAUCAUUUAUGGCCAAUGUAUGCAUUUAUUUCAUAUGCUCUAAGCAAAUUCUUCUCUCAAGGUUAUAAAUUUAGGAGGAAAUUGGAAAGAAAAGAAUCAUAAGCCUAAAUACAUCAUUUACAUAUAUAUCCAAAUUUUAAUUGCCAUAAAUGUUCAUGAUGUUAAUGAAAACUUGUAUAUGAAGACUUGGACAAGUAAACAUACCGUUUCCACUGCAAAACAUUCCUUGUUGAUGCUAUAAAAUAGAAUUUUUGAGUUAUGUGUUUAACUUCUCCAUAUAUGAUAAUCCACAAUUAGUGAACAUUUGUAUGUAAUAAAACUUGAUAUUUUAAUGAAAAUGAAAAACUUGGUUAAUUUCCCUCACCCUGAAAGGACAAAGGGACUAUAUAGCGCUAGACAAUCUGAAAUUUAUGUCAUUAAAUGAAAACAAUCCAUAUAAGCAGAAUAUCUUUGUUUUUUAUUUUUUUUGUUUUUGUUUCUGCAAUUUAGGCCACACCAAUAUUUUGUUCAUCGGACCCGCGCGCUUGUAUUUAAACAAAACUAUAUAAAUAAAUUUAUUUUUAAAAUCCCGCACCAUUGAAAUUCUGUGCUGUUCUCUGUUCCAUUUACGCUUUAUUUAUCGUACUUUUUAUCUGCUUACUCUACAAAUCAGAAAAAAUAUAAUUGUCCGCUCGAUUUUUUUCAUGCCCCGCCUAAAAAUAUUGCCUACUUUAUAGUAAUAAUAUUACUAUUUAACCGCUAGACCGCUCAUACUUUUUUCCUCAAAUGUCUGACGAACAAGAAAUUAAAUUGGUGUGGCAUUAUUGUAUGCUUCAAUCAAUCUUCUGAAAAAAUUGUAUUGUUGAAAAAAAAAUGGUUGUUAGUCAUUCCAGCAUUUGCUAUGACCAGGACACACUUAAAAAUUUCUGUAAAAUACAUGCAGUGUUUUGUAUAAGUUAAUGUAUCUGUGGGUUUAUUUUAUGGAAAUUAUGUGAAUAGGGAUUUCAUAUAUACAUAUAAUGUAUUUAAUUUAUUGAAUGUAGUUUUAAGCU